UGCCCCUUUUUGCAGGUCAUUCGCAAAGGCUGGCUGAACUUCAGCAAUAUCAGCAUCAUAAAGGGUGGUGCCAAGGUGUACUGGUUCAUACUGACCACAGAGAGCCUGUCCUGGUUUAAGGAUGACGAGGAGAAAGAGAAGAAGUACAUGCUGCCUCUGGACAGCCUGAAGGUGCGAGACGUAGAGAAGACCUUCAUGUCCUCCAAACACAUGUUCGCUCUCUUCAGCACGGAACAGAGGAACGUGUAUAAGGACUACAGGCAUCUGGAGCUGGCCUGUGACACGCAGGAGGAGGUGGACAGCUGGAAGGCCUCUCUGCUGCGUGCUGGAGUCUACCCAGAAAAGGCUGGAGAGGAUGGGGAGAACUCCACCACGGAUAACUUCCCCAUGGACCCCCAGCUAGAGAGGCAGGUGGAGACCAUCCGCAACCUGGUGGACUCCUACAUGAGCAUCAUCAACAAGUGUAUCCGGGACCUCAUGCCAAAGACUAUCAUGCACCUCGUCAUAAACAAUGUGAAGGAGUUCAUCCACUCCGAGCUGUUGGCCGAGUUGUACGCUAUCUAUGACCAGACUGCUCUUAUGGACGAGUCCCUGGAGCAGGCCCAGCGGCGGGAGGAGGUGCUGCGCACACACGCCUCCCUCAAGGAGGCGCUGGACAUCAUCACCGACAUCUCCACUUCCACUGCCUCUGUCCCACUGCCUCCGCCUAUCAACACCUCCUGGUCACAGACGAGCCUGGGCCCCUCGCGCAGGGCCCCUCCUCCCCUUCAGCCAGGCAAGAUGUCUCCGUCUGGUCCCGGUGCCCCAUCUCGAGGCCCCGCCCCUCCAACUCCUGUCCCCGCUCCUCAGGUUUCCAAUAGCAACAGCAGCGAUGCUCUCACUCAGCCAUCUAGCCGGCCCAGCCGAGCCGCCCCCAGCAUUCCCAGGAGACAACCACCAGCGGUUCCUUCACGGAAUCCACACUGAAAAAGAUGAUAACCAUCCCGACAACCAACUACAAAUGCAAGGGCCAUAUGCAUCAACUGGGAAUUCAACCUGGAUCGUCAUUUCAUGCUGGAGAAAAAAGUUGCAUUUAUUUCCUCUUCUAGGCUCAUCUGGCUCUGGAAAAAAAAACUUUAUCUUAGAGCAAUGUAUGUUGAGGUAGUUACCUCAUAAGAAGAGAGACACCAGCUUGUGUAUCUGAUCAAACUGGCCUUAUGGUGCUGUCCUGCUAAUCAUUUUUCAUGUUGUACAUGUCUUAUGGACUGUGCUGAUGCGUCUCUUUUGUACUUAAGUAUUUUGUGUGUGUGUGCUUGGCAUGUGUAAAUGAUUGACAUAGUGUUUCUUGUGUAAAUACUCGAGUAGUUAAAGCUACCAAAAUAAAAGAUUAAAAGGUU